GUUUUCCUUCGUUUCCCAGGGACUGUUAUUAUAGGAAACCAGAAAUUAGUACGUUGAACUUGCACCAGCUGGCAUUCAGGGAGCACAGAACACUCUGCAGGGAUGGGUAAGUGUUGCACAGUUACUAUGUGGGCAAGCUGUUGUAAUUGGUUUUGUCUGGAUGGCUCACCUGAAGAGAUGCAGCCACAGCCACAGCAGGGAGCCAGAGCCCAAGCCUAUUCCAACCCCGGGUACAGCUCCUACCCGUCUCCCACUGCUUCUGAACAGAGCUGCAAGGCGUGUGGGGUGCACUUCGAGAACUCCUCUAGGAAGCACAUCUGUUUGGACUGUAAGAAGAAUUUUUGUACGUCCUGCUCAAACCAGCCUGAAGGUGGUCCUCUUCUCUGCCAUCUCUGCCUGCGUUUCCGAGCCACAGCUUUUCAGCGGGAAGAGUUGAUAAAGAUGAAGGUGAAGGAUCUGCGAGACUAUUUGGCACUCCGUGAGAUUUCCACAGAGUUGUGUCGUGAAAAGGAGGACCUGGUAUUUCUGAUUCUUGGCCAGCAGCCUGUAAUUACCCAGGAAGAGCAGAUAAGAACAAAUCCAUUUCAUACUAGUGCCUCUGGACAGCAAGACUUUGUGAUUCUCCCACCAACCAGCAUAGCAUCUUCUACCUCACGUGAUGUGUCUCCGGUGUCUGCAGAUCCCAUCUCAAGUUCACUAGCUCAGGAACAUCAACAGGCAAAUGGUUACGUGCCUCCGAGCCAAGUCGGUAUGACAGGACUUGAGAAUGCAGCAGAAGCACCAACAGAGGAGGAGACGCAGUCUACUGACUCAGAAGAUAACCUGGUGCAGGGGAGGAAGGCUUCUCUUUCUGAUCUGACAAGCAUCGGAGACAUCAAUGCGCUCUCUGUGCGACAGCUGAAGGAAAUUCUUGCUCGCAACUUUGUCAACUACAAAGGCUGCUGUGAAAAGUGGGAGCUGCUAGAAAGGGUGACUCGUCUUUAUAAAGAGAAAGACCUUCAACAUCUAGUUGCUGACACUGAUGAUCAAAGUGGUGGUGCUGGGCUCCCUGGCACGGAGGACAACCUCUGCAAAAUCUGCAUGGACGCACCCAUUGACUGUGUCCUGCUCGAGUGCGGCCACAUGGUCACGUGCACCAAGUGUGGGAAGCGGAUGAGCGAGUGCCCGAUAUGCAGGCAGUACGUCAUCAGGGCUGUCCACGUCUUUAAGUCCUAAGGGUGUUUAAGGAAGACUGGUGAUGCCUUAAAGCCUCUUCUGCUGUUAGAGAAACGGUCAAAGUUGCUACAGAUAGGUAGGUGAGAGAUUAGCCUGGAGACCCCAUCGGAAGCUGGAAGUGAGGGAAGGAUGAAGCCUGGGGAAAGUCACUCCUGCUCAAGCCCCACCUGGCUGUGCUCUUCCCGCUCUCGUGCUUUACACCACAGUGCCUGGACUCCUUGGAGCUCGUUGCCAGCAGCAGACACUGCAAUCGUUAACAACCUGCGUUCUAGAAUAACUUGAUCCGCUGGUGUUGGGACAGAGGGAUGCUUGGCUUUCCAUCACAAACAUCAGGUUCAGAGGCUUCAUAUUUUCCCCUGAAUUAGUAUGCAGAAGUGGACUAGGGUCUCAAAAAGUGACAUUUGUUUUACUGCUUAGGCUAUACACCCAGCAACAACUUUAUUUUCAAAGAUUAAAAUUUUACUGUGCUUGUUAAUUUUCUAGUUUGUUUUUUUUCAAAUUUAAUGUUAAAUUCUUAUGCUUGCAGGACAGGCAGACGGCCUCCAACAUAAGCAUAAUUCUAGCCUAGUGCAAUUGUGGAAAAAUGUAUAAUUUUAUUUGAAGAUGGACUUUGUCUUAUUGAAAAAUGUAAGGGGAGGGAGACUGUGAAACAUGCAGCCUUACCUUGUGUGGUGGUGGUUUUCUGUUUACAUGCCAGUGAGGAGGAGAUUCCUUGUUUGACUGUUGUUGAUUCCUUUGACUUUACAGGCUUCCUUACAGUAUAUGCCAGCAAUGGUUUUAAAACUGAACUGACCUCACUUGGCUAAGGAGCUAUGAAAUCUAAGGAUUGACUCUUUUAAAGGGUUUAGUGAGGAAAACAGCUAAACAGUAAGGAUUCCAUUGCUACACAAUCGUAUUUAAGUACAAAUGACUUUCUUUUUAGAGGGAAGAUAGGAAAAACCCCAAAUUUUAGCUGAUGAGUGAUCAUCACUGCAGAUGCUCCUGUUUUCUCAUCAGCUUCCCCCUAUCCUCCCCUUUGCUCAAUUUUACAGUCCUGUUACAUUCAGGCUCCUUUUUUGUACUUUCUGCUUGUGAGGGGGGUAGGAGAUUCUGUAGUCUCCUAUGUGACAACAGCAAGCCCUUAUAGCUAUCCCCACCAACAGCGUGUUCAUUUGGAAGCCUUGCUAGAGAAAAUUGUAACUGGCAUAUUUUUCCCUCAGCAGCCUGUGAGCAUUCAGUCUGUCUGGCUGGUAACACAGCUAAGUUUCAGAAGCUUGAUGCCUUAAGUUUUCAGCCACUGUGGAUGAACACACAUUUCAAGUAAUUUCUGAAGUUCAUUACCUUCUGCUGCAGAUUUUUUCCUGUCUAGUAUUCUGCUUUAAGGUGGGAGUGUGUUCAAACUGAAUUGCUGCUUGGCUGUCAGCAGAGGAACAGAAUUUUAAAAAGUGUCCACUUACAGCUUCUGGGGUAGUGGAAGGGCAGUGACAGAAAGGGUUUGGGGUGGAAGGGCCCUUAAAGAUCAUCCAAUUCCCAUCCCCCUGCCCCAGGCAGGGCCACCUUCCCCCAGCCCAGGUUGCCCC